AAAUACACAUUAAUUUGUGGUAAACAAAAAUACAUAAACCUACAACAAUAUAUCUCUCUCUCUCUCUUUCUUUCUUUCUCCCCUUGCCUCUAGUAUAUAUACACGUGUGCUUUAAUUUGGUAAUUGUAUUGAUGGCUAUUACUAGACCUCCGGGGAGGGUUCCGGUGGCCGUGGGGCGCCGGAUGUUGGCGUAUGAGAAUUCCGUUGGUGAUGAGAAGUUGGAGUUUUACGACGAGUUAGCGGUUAGUUCGUCGGAUUCGGUGUUUGGGUUUUUGGAGGGGUCGCUUGAGAGUACGACGAGUAAUGAAGGCUAUCACCAAGAGGGUGAUGCUAUUUUCGAUGAGGAAGAAGAGGAAGAGGAUUCUGGGAAUAGAUUUGAAGAAAAUAAGACUUUUUGGGAAAAUCAGCAUAAUCUUUUACAGGCAACAUUGUGCCGUACGACAUCCUUAGAAACAGGAAUGAGAAAUGUGACAAAAGAGGCAUUGAAAGAGUUACAAGUUCAAGGGCAUUAUUGUAAAUGUGGCAAAGCGGUGGCCGACAACAAUUGCCGAAGUUGCUUGAUGAGGGAGGUGUCUUGUAGGCUCCGGAAUGCCGGUUACAACAGUGCCAUUUGCCGGACUAAAUGGCGAAGUUCACCGGAUAUUCCUUCAGGUGAACAUACAUUCAUUGAUGUAGUAGACAAUUCAAGCUCGAAAAAGGGAGAAGUAAAGGUGAUAGUCGAACUAAGUUUCAGAGCGGACUUUGAGAUGGCUAGAGCAAGCGACGAUUAUAACCAAUUAGUCAGUCGCUUGCCCGAGGUUUUUGUAGGGAAAAACGAAAGACUAAAGGCUUUAAUCAAAAUUUUGUGCGCGGCCGCCAAGAAAUGCAUGAAGGAUAAGAAAAUGCAUAUGGGGCCAUGGAGGAAGCAAAAAUACAUGCAAGCAAAGUGGUUUAGCACCAGUUAUGAGAGAAAAGAGGAGGCCAAUGCACCAUCAAAUGGCUCAUACUCGAACAGAACGAGCAAACCGGCUAGGGCGUCUUCUAUGCUAACAAUGGCAUUGAUGGAUAUGCAUAGGAAAGCCGUUUCAGUCGUGUAAUAAUCCCUCGAAUAUGGGUGGGAUUUAUAUCUAUUUUGUAUCGUUUUCCAUGAUCUUUCAUUUAGUCUUGAAAGAGUGUAUAGGGAUUAUAUUGCGGGAUGUAAUACUAGUAGGUAGGAAUGUGUGAUAUAGGUGUGGCUUUAGAUACCAACCAUGGCUUUGAAAUAGUAGUGUGCAAAUGUGCAAUCUUCCAUUUUUGUAAUGUUUGGCUUGAUAGUUAAUUGGAAAGCAUUAAGGAUUUAAGCUUUCAAUACAUCUAGUUUAAAUCACGGUUUGUGUUUAAGCUAAAGGCUAUAACAUCUACCGGGUAUCUAGACUAUUUUGGUUUCCAGA